CGGGGCCACGCCCCGCGGAAACGGUAAACAACCUCCUCGUAGAUUACAUGUUAGCUUCAGGUUCUAAACAGGAGGACGAGGGAUAUAACAGGAUUACCGGGUUUAUUUUUUUCUAACGGCGAUGCUUGCUGUGAAGUCCCCAUAAAAAGAGACAAACGGUGUGAACCUCCCCUCCCUAACAUGGCCAACCCCCUCCGGUCGGAGGUGAUUGCGCUCUACAAGCACUUGUUGUAUCUCGGACGCGACUACCCCAAAGGAGCGACUUAUUUUAAGGAGCGCCUGAAGCACGCCUUCAUGAAGAACAAGGACGAGACGGACCCCGAGAAGAUCAGGACCCUGGUGAAGAGGGGAGACUUCGUCAUCAAGGAGCUUGAGGCGCUCUACUUCUUGAGGAAAUACCGCACCAUGAAACACCGUUACUAUGACGAGCAUAAAAAGUGAUGGACAAUUGGCUUGCGUUCUUAUAAAGUGCGUUCCCAUUAUAUUUAGUACAAGUUAUACUAAGGGACUUAUCUCAACGUUCAACACUUACCGUUUGUUCUCCAAACACCAUAUGCCUUUAGUGUUACCCCAAAUGAUAAUUGAUAGGUCAGGGAAAGAUUACAUCUUCAACCAUGGGUGAAGAUGCUCUCAUACACAACAUGUCCCCCUGGUCACUCUUGCUGCAGCAUAGACAUUAUGAAUCCAUUCCACAUUCACUGUGGGUUACAAUUCCACAAUAACAUCACAGCCAUACUGUAAUUAUAAUUACAAUUCCUCGUAAUUCAUAUUUUCGUUCAGUGCAAAUGCUGAUGCCAACACUAUUAUUAUUUUGAACUUGAUCGAAGGCCUACAGGAUGUACAUUGUUUCAUUGUAGAUACAAUUGUAAAUACAUAGACACAGAUUGGUCCUUCGAUGCCUGUCGCUAUGUAAUGCAUAUUUAAAUGUUUCCCUUGGUGCAAUAAAUAAUUAUUUUGUAAUUUG